CACACCUCUCAAACUGUCGGUGCAGAUAACAGAAAGAGAAACAUUCCAUCAGUCCACAAGUGUUUUAGUUAACAAUAGAUCCCCAGUUACAAAUUACCUUUUUCGUUUUAUAUUUUUAAUUUGUUUUUUUUUUUUCUGCCAUUUUUCCCCAUGGACGCAGCGUAUAGCAGGAAAAACGGGCAAAUUCCGGCUUUUGGCGACUGGGAAAAUGCAAACGAGAUGCCGAUAACUCAGUACUUCGACUGUGCGAGGCAGGCCGGCCUUCUUCGCUGCAGCUGCUCCGGAGAAUGCGCUGCUUCUUACGAGAAAUCGCGGAAGACAAGUGGAAUUGGCAAGGACUUCUCCCUCUCCAAGGAUCAGCCAAAACAGUUUAAGGUAGAAAACUUGAUCGAUCGACCAAGAUCUCGGCCCGCAGCUCAGAAGAACCAACCGAAAAAACAAUCUCUCAAAUUAGAAAACUUUGUUGCGGAAAAAUAUUCCUUACCUGUGAAACCAAUAGAUGAAGAUCUCUACAAAGUCUCCCCUAAGCUUCUCAAAAGUUCCAAACGAAAAAAAAUGCUGCGGUUCUUUUCUAGAUGCCUGGCUCCACCUUGUGUUGCAUGAGUUCUGAUGAUGAUGGCCUCAACUUAAUUAAGCUGGCUAUGAGCAUCAAGAGUGUUGGUUUCAAUUUACACACCCGUGAUUUUUGGUUCUUUUUUAACAAAUAUCAUUCCCAGGAGGUGUAUUUAAUACAUUUGCUACUUCAAUUGAUACUUCAAUUGUCUAAGCCAGGUUAUAAUUUGUUCCACAACCUUAUAUUUUAUAGUUUAUACCAAAACUUGUCUCAUCGGUUUCACUUGCAAAUUGACAGAAUUUGUAUAUUAUAGCUGUUUGCAACUUACUGAGUAAAUGUAAAGUGUGAAAAAGGAGAAUUGCUUGUAUGGUCUAAUGCCUCUGUUUUUUAAAAUGCAUUGUUGCGCGCGCACGCACUCCCUGUUCAUUGAAUAAAUUUGAAGCAAUUUAGUUUUUCUUAACCUAAUACUUAUUGUGUGUUAGUUUGUAUACUAAAAGCUCG